UCGGCGCAGCGUGGAUCUCUGUUGUUACGGCGCGUGCCUCCAAACAGUCAGAUGCAUGUGUAACGGCUGCACGCGACGUCAGGGGAAAGUUUCAUCCUACGACGGUUAACUCAUCCGACUAUGCGACGUGCAAAGCGUUUCUAAAGGCAGAAAAAGCAUCGCUGUUGGACUUCUGACAGAAUGAAGGAGCGGGAGAUGAAGAUUAUAAACCAGGGCCUGGAGGAUGAGAUGGAGGUGUGGGGUUAUCAACCCUGUCUGUGGAAGAGGAUUCUGGUGGGUGUGGGUGCCGUCUGCUCUGGGGGUCUCCUCCUGCUCCUGCUCUACUGGCUGCCUGAGUGGGGCGUCAAGGGAACAUGCACACCCACCUCUCUGGGGAAUGCACACACAGUGCUGCUAAGGACGACGGAUGAGUUCAGACAGUGGUUUAGAGCCAGAGUUCACAUGAUCAUGGCUCCGGGGAAGAAACCCUUUGACAGCCUGGAUCUGCUGUCCUCAACUCAGCUGCCAAAUGGAGACCAUGGCAUCAAUGCGGAUCCCGAGGAGCACCAUGGGAAAUUUUCUUACACACAGACUGCUCAGGUUCACUACUUUACUCAUCACAGCACAAAAUACUACUGGAACAACAUGAUACAAAACUUUGAAGUGUUUAAAGGCUUGGAGGAUUUGAAGGUGAGCUGUGCAAACAUCCACUCUGACCACAGCUCUGGGUUAUCUAAAACCCUGCAGGAAUACAGGAUGUUGUUUUUUGGGGAGAAUGAGAUCGCUGUGAGAGUGCCAUCUCUGUUUAAGCUGCUCAUCAAAGAAGUCUUGAAUCCUUUCUACAUUUUUCAGCUCUUCAGUGUUAUUCUGUGGAGUUUUGAGGACUACUACUAUUAUGCUACUGCCAUUGUAUUUAUGUCUGCCAUAUCUAUAGCUACUUCACUGUAUACUGUUAAAAAGCAAUAUGUGAUGCUGCAUGACAUGGUUGCAGCGCACAGUGUGGUCCGUGUGUCAGUGUGCAGAGGAAAUAAAGAUGUAGAACAGGCCAUGUCAACAGAGCUCGUCCCUGGUGAUGUCAUCAUCAUUCCUGCCAAUGGGAUGAUAAUGCCCUGCGACGCUGUGCUCAUCCAUGGAACCUGCAUUGUGAAUGAGAGCAUGCUGACAGGAGAGAGUGUGCCGGUUACAAAAACAAGUCUGCCGAGCUCAGGCGAAGAGGCGGCUGUCAGCUACAAUAUGGAGGAACACAAAAGACACACCCUGUUCUGUGGUACCAGAAUUAUCCAGACCCGAUACUACGCAGGUGAACUGGUGAAGGCUGUUGUGGUCAGAACAGGCUUCAGUACUGAGAAAGGCCAGCUUGUGCGCUCCAUCCUCUACCCUAAACCCACAGACUUUAAGCUGUACCGUGAUGCGUACCUCUUCCUGUUGUGUCUGGUGGGAGUGGCAGGGAUUGGCUUCAUCUACACUAUCGUCCUCAGUGUCAUGAACAAGGUUCCAGCUAAAACCAUCAUCAUUGAAUCUCUGGACAUCGUCACCAUCACUGUUCCCCCUGCUUUACCAGCAGCUAUGACAGCAGGUAUCGUGUACGCACAGCGGCGUUUAAAGCGCAUCGGCAUCUUUUGCAUCAGUCCUCAAAGGAUCAACAUAUGUGGUCAACUCAAUCUGGUCUGCUUUGACAAGACUGGUACGCUGACUGAAGAUGGUUUGGAUCUUUGGGGCAUUCAGAGAGCGGAAGGUGACAGCUUUGCUUCUCCAGAGUCAGACGCAGCUAAAGAAACUCUGGUAAACUCUGCGUUUGUGGCCUGCAUGGCCUCCUGUCACUCACUAACCAACAUUGAGGGUGAGCUGUCUGGAGACCCUCUGGACCUUAAAAUGUUCAGCGCUACAGGCUGGAUCCUAGAAGAGCCAACAGAGGAGGAGACUGCUCUCCACAAUCCCAUCAUGCCCACAGUUGUUAGACCUCCAAAACAUUUUUCCCCUGAAACCAAUCAGAACAACCCUCUGACCCAAAACAUGGAGCUGCCUGGAUUAUCGUCCUCUGAGAUCGGCAUCGUACGUCAGUUCCCCUUCUCCUCUGCCCUGCAGAGGAUGAGUGUGGUGGUGCGGAGGUUGGGGGAGAAACACAUGGAUGCUUAUUUAAAAGGAGCCCCAGAGGUUGUUGCCAGCCUCUGCAAACAGCACACAGUCCCUCAGAGUUUCACAGACACAUUGGAGACCUACACCCGCCAGGGCUUCAGGGUCAUCGCUCUGGCACAUCGACAGCUGGAGUCCAAACUUUCCUGGCACAAAGUCCAGAGCCUCAGCAGGGACCUGAUAGAAACCAAUAUGGAGUUCCUCGGUUUGAUCGUCUUACAGAACAAAAUAAAAGUGGAAACUGCCGGGGUUUUAUGUGAACUACAAAAAGCCAACAUUCGCACUCUAAUGGUCACAGGUGACAACAUGUUGACGGCAAUAUCUGUCGCUCGGGAUUGUGGGAUGGUUCACACUCAUGAGAAGGUGAUUAUAGUGGACGCUGUGCCUCCUAAAGAGUCUCAGCCUGCUUGCAUCACCUGGCAAUACACCGAAAACCAUCAAACCACCAAAGACCAUCAGACUGUGGAGAUAAACCUGGAAGAAGAAGAUGAAUGUGAUAAACAGGUCACUCAUCCAGAACGAAGCUAUCACUUCGCUCUGAGUGGAAAAGCUUUCGCUGUCAUCAUGGAGCAUUUCCCUCAUCUCAUCCAGAAGCUCGUGCUGAGAGGCACAGUGUUUGCUCGCAUGGCUCCAGACCAGAAGACUCAGCUGGUGGAGGUCCUGCAAAGCAUCGACUACACUGUUGGGAUGUGUGGUGAUGGGGCGAAUGACUGUGGAGCUUUGAAGAGAGCUCACAGUGGAAUCUCGCUAUCUGAACUGGAGGCUUCUGUAGCUUCACCCUUCACCUCCUCCACCCCCAACAUCUCCUGUGUCCCCAACCUCAUCAGGGAAGGACGUGCUGCCCUCAUCACAUCGUUCUGUGUUUUUAAGUUCAUGGCUCUCUACAGCAUCAUCCAGUAUCUCAGCGUCACGCUGCUCUACUCGAUCCUCAGCAACCUGGGAGACUUCCAGUUCCUGUUUAUUGACAUCGCCAUCAUUCUUGUCAUCGCCUUCACCAUGAGUCUGAACCCAGCGUGGAAGGAGCUGGUGUCCCAUCGCCCGCCAUCUAGUCUGAUCUCUGGACCGCUGCUCUUCUCGGUCCUGACUCAGAUCCUCACCUCGCUGGUCUUCCAGGUCAUGGUUUUUCUCUUAGUGCGACAGCAGAGCUGGUAUGAGAUGUGGACACCUGAGUCAGAUGCCUGUAACACUUCUAGCGUCUCUCAAGACCCAAAUAUUACACACCCUCAUGAUCCCAAAAACAUCAGGAACUACGAGAACACCACCCUCUUCUACGUCUCGACCUUCCAGUAUAUUUCUGUGGCCAUCGUCUUCUCCAAGGGGAAACCCUUCAGACAGCCCAGCUACAAGAACUGGCCAUUCAUGCUGUCCUGUAUCGGCCUGUACACGUUUCUCCUCCUCAUCAUGCUGUUUCCUGUUCCUGCCAUCGACAAAUUUCUGGAGAUUGUGUGUGUUCCUCAUAGCUGGCGUGUCACUCUGGUCAUCAUUAUCGCUGUGAAUGCAGCUGUGUCUUUCAUACUAGAGAUUUUGAUCCUUGACAUCAUCUUGUGGAGGCUUGUUUUCAGAGGGAAUCAGGGGCUAAAUCGGCCCUCACAGCCCCCCUCUGCUGACACACCUCAGGAGGCCAAUAACCACUGGGGUGCAUCCUUCCUUUCGUGGUUGUUCUGCAGGACAAAUAAGCCCCCUAGGUCGCGCUACAUGCAUGUGGCCCUGGAGCUGCAGGAUGAUGCCGACUGGCCCCCCAAACCCUCGACAAUCACCUAUGCAAACGAUACCCAAUCCCAGAGUUCUGACCCUCUCUGACAGUUAACAAAAAAGAAAAAAAAAAACAAAAAAGAAAAAAAAAAAAACACUGCAUGGACUAUCUCAGCCUAACCGACAGUCUGAUAGGACUUAUCCAGAGCUGAGCUCAGAAAUGAAACGGUCAGAUUGAACAACGGAGAGUCUGCUGGAUACCAGAGAUCAGGGCAAGAUUCUCAUAAAUAUGAGGACUCCUGCAAAAACCAUUUGACACUGUGAGCUGCUCAUUUAAUUUUCUUUAUGUUAUUUAGUCUCACUGGAACAAAAAAACCCUCUGCACCUUCAUGACAUGACAACAUCCAUAAUGGUGUGUCACAUAGGUGAGCUCUAAUUUGGUUUCAAACUAAGAGUUUGAUGCUGAGAUUUAUAAAUAAAAAGUACCUCUUGUGUCUCAUCAAAUUUAAUGGUAGUGGCGGGUUAGCUAAGUGUAGAACAAAGCCUGAAAGCAGGCAAAAAGCUAGACUUACUCUUUCCGUGCUAUCUGAUUUAUCUAAAAUGUACUAAAUUAGAAGGUAACAUUCAUUGAUAUGACUUGUGGUUGAGUCUCUCCUAGUUACCCACUAAACUCACAUUGAAGACCAGACUUCAUGCUAGGUAUUUUAUUUUUUAAAGAUUAUUUCUUGGGCUUUUGUUUGCCUUUAUUUAGAUAGGAAAGAUGAAGAGAGACAGGAAAGAGUAUGGGAGGAAAGAGUAUGGGGAAGACAUGCACCAAACAGCGCCAAGACUGAACCAAGACUAUAGUCUCUGUGUAUGUGCAUCAGAAACACAUGUUCUCCUUGUCUAGCUAACAGUGUGACCAUUUGGUGCAGCAGUUACCCUUACUAUCCACAUACAAUGGCUGUGCUGCAAUCCAUCUUCGAAGUGCACUGUGAAGCAAAUUGCUCCCUGUUCAGGCAAUCGGAGCAGUGUCACUGUCAGGCUCCAGCCUGAUUCUGGCAAGCACCACUCUGCUCUUAGUCCAAUCCAAUGCACGGACCCCAUAUCAUAAAUCAUCACCAUAUCAACAUUAAAUCUCAUCCUGCAGCACAAGCAAAAGGUCAUCAAAAGAUCACUAGGGUACAGAGCUACUACAGUGCCACUGACAAGGAAAAGUCCACCAAAUUUUACAUGAAACCACAACAUAAUUACCCAUGGCGGAAGCAAUGAAAUAAUAGAAUCAUGUCUAAAACAACAGCGAAUCAGUGUUACAGUUUUACAGUGUCAUUGAUCACAUGCUUAUGUCCAACACAACUUUGCUCAAGGGCCUAAUCUGGAUACUCAUUGGGCCUCAACUGGGAUAUGAACCCCAAUCUCCUGGUACAAAGUCAGGGAUGUAAAACACUGUGCAACAAAUCAAGGAGGAAAAGUAAUCUGCUGUCUACAUACUCGUAUUUCUCCAAUGAUCUUGUUCUCAGGUGAUCUUGUGCCCUCUUAUCUCUGAACACAGUUCCAGUGUGCAAUAUUGCUGGCCUUAGGUUGGAGCAAAGCUUUGGUGCAACCAUUGUAUGUGGAAAUUACGGGUAAUGUCACAACAUACCCUGAGAGCUAUUACUGGCAUUUAAAAAAAAGCUGGGAGACUCUCAAGCUGCAAAAUGAAGCACUUUUGAAUCAGUAUUAAGCUGCCUGACCAUUACACCAACAGGGACUGUAAUGACAUUGUAUUCAAGUACAUGUACUAUUUAUGGAGUUGACCCCCUUUUGCAGCUGUAACAGCCUCCACUCUUCUUGGAAGGCUUUCCACAAGAUUUUGGAGUGUUUCUGUGGGAAUUUGUGCCCAUUCAUUCUGUAGAGUGUUUAUGAGGUCAGGCUGAAUGUGGGACAAGAAGGUCUGGCUCACAAUCUCCAUUCCAGUUCAUCCCAAAGGUGCAUGAUGGGGUUGGGGUCACUGGGGCACAGUCAUGUUGGAAUAGAAAAAAAAGGCCUUCCCCAAACUGUUGCCACAAAGUUGGAAG